UGUGUCAACCAGCGCAGAUCACGUGAUUGAUGACGUAUGACGCGCCAAAUGCAUCACUCACCUGAACCAGGUUUCAGAUCUCAGGUGUGUUUGAUCAGAAGGGCGCGCUGUUGUCUAUAAAUACAGAUGAAUCCCAAACAACGUUUCCCGACCAGUUCUGUUGUUUCCCGUGUAUCGUAAGAAUCAACGUCAUGGCACCCGGUAAAAAACGUUCUGUGGCUUGGGAUCAUUUCAACUUGAUUUCUCCAAAUAAGGUGCAAUGUUUGAUUUGCAAACAUGAAUUUGCAUUUAAUGAUAGUACGUCCUCCAUGAUGCGACAUCUCCGCUCCGUUCAUCAUGUUGAAACUCCGCAGUCGGCAAAUCAAGCCUUCAAUCCACCUUGUAUUGUGUCAAGAAAGCAAGAACUUGAUUCUGCAUUGGUGGAUAUGAUUGUAAUGGAUGCACAACCAUUUUCAAUUGUUGAAGACAAAGGCUUCAAGGCUUUUGUCAACCUUUUGGACCCAUCCUACAUAAUUCCUAAUAGGAAGGCCUUGAGGACAAUGGUGGAGGAGAAGUACAAAGCCAAAAAGGAGAAGGCUUUAGAUGUGGUUAGCAGGGCCUCUGCUGUCAGCCUUACAGCAGACAUGUGGACAUCCAUUAACAUGGACACUUACUUGGCUGUAACAUGCCAUUUUAUCACCGAGGAGGUGGAGCUGGCCUCUGUGGUCUUGGGGGUUCUGAAGUUUCCCCAAACCCACACUGCAGCUCACUUGGCUGAGGCCAAAAAUCUUCUCAUGGAAGAAUGGGGAAUUAAAGGGAAGGUGACAGGCCUGGUUACAGACUGUGCUCCCAACAUGGUUGCAUGUGCUAAUAUAUUACUGCUUCGGCACAUAAUGUGUUUUGCACAUAUGCUUAAUUUGGUGGUGAAAAAGUCCCUUGCCCAAACCCCUGAACUAGAGGAUAUCCGAAGUAAGGGGCGUAGGAUUGUCGGUCUUUUUAAAUCCAGCACCACAGCGAAGGAGAAGCUGUCAGAGAUGCAGCGACAGCUGGCCAGGCCAGAGCACAAAUUAAUACAAGAGGUGGAAACAAGAUGGAACAGCACAUUUAAUAUGUUGGAAAGGCUGUUUAAGGAGAGAGAGCCACUGGGGGCAGCUCUGGCCACCCUCCAUACAGACCUUCCUCCACUCACCUCAGAGGACUACCAGGCCAUACACCACUGCUUGAGCAUUCUUUCACCGUUUCAAGAGGCCACAGUUGAGCUUUCGACAGAAAAACGAGUGUCAGCAUCCAAAGUCAUUCCCAUGGUCAAAAUGCUGAAACAUUACAUCUCAAGCAGGUGUGGUCAGAUCACACACCCACUUAGUGAAAAACUGGCCACUAACUUGAAGAACAAUCUCCAUGAGAGGUUUUCAGCUCUGGAGAAGGUCACUGCUCUGUCAAUGGCAACCUUGUUGGACCCAAGGUUUAAAGAGCUGGGGUUCUGCAGCCAAGGCUCUGCCCACACGGCCAUAGAGCGACUCACUAAAGAGUGUGCUGCAAGAAUGCAGGCGCUACUUCCAGAGGCACAGCCACAGUCGCCACCUAGAGAAGGUCCUUCAAGUCAGCAGGAAGAUGGUGGUCUCUGGGCCCUGCUGGACAGGCAUGUGGGGGUUCAACAGCAGGUGACCAGCACAACUGCCAGUGCAACAGUGGAGGUUCAGAGGUACUUAAAGGAACCUCACAUCCCAAGGACUCAGGACCCACUGAGAUACUGGGUUACCAACAAGGUUUUAUACCCACAUCUCUACAAGCUGGCAAUGAAGUUUUUAUGCACACCAGCUUCAUCUGUGCCUUGUGAGAGGAUCUUCUCCAAGGCUGGCGAAAUCGUCAGCCAAAGACGAAACAGGCUGAAGCCCAGCACAGUGGAGAAAAUUCUGUUUUUAAAUAAAAAUCUAUAACAUGUA